GUUAGUUGCGUUGCCUCGUUUGCCAAGGAAAGUCUCGCCGCCCUCAGCACACGUGAGUUAGUUGAUCAGCUGACAAGUUUUAAGUCGUCAUGGAUGUCAGCAUCAAAGUAACCACAUUACACGCGUAGAUACGGAUUCAACGUACCCUCUGGACCAAUUUCUGGUUGUUUACACUCAGCUGCAGCUGGAGCGCGCAAGUGCUGCGGCCCAUUUUGACGCCGCCGCGCCCGCCUGUGAUUCGUCGGUCCCGCAGUGGUGGGGGAUUGUUUUGAUUCGAAUCGCGGAGUACCACAACAUUUCCACGCGGAGCAAGUCAGUCGCUGCCUGACGCUUCGCUAUCUGGUCGCCGCUCGUUCGCCUAAUAUCUGUGCAAGUGUGUGAAACGUGUUCGUCCCUGUUGAAAACGUUUCGGAAAUGCAUCGAUGAAUUAGUUUUGAUACCUUCAUUUUUUUACGCGAAACCUUCAAAGCAAUUUAAUUACAGUUAAUCGGCUCAAAAAUUUAAUUUUCUUUUUUCUCCUCGUGCAUUUUGUGAAUAGCAGUCUCUAAUUUUCAUGGUGUUUAAAUACUGAAGUGUUUUUGAUUUCUCUCCGUUCUUUAUUUAUUGGAAGUUAGUGUUAUGUUUUAAAUUUUUUGAUCAUGGUGCCCCAGCACAGUGAUUUAAGUCGUUCCGAUAGUCCCACAUCUAGUGGGUUACCCAUGUUUGGAUCUCAGUUAGUGGAUAAAAACUCAUCAACACCGUAUUCAGAUGCUACUCAGACGAAGAAAAACAAUCCAAACCACAUCAAGCGGCCGAUGAAUGCUUUCAUGGUAUGGUCACAGAUCGAGAGGCGUAAAAUCUGCGAGCAGCAGCCGGACAUGCACAACGCGGAGAUUUCCAAGCGGCUCGGCAGGCGGUGGAAAAUGCUAUCAGAAGACGAACGACAGCCGUUCAUCGAGGAAGCCGAGCGGCUGAGACUCAUGCACCUGCAAGAAUACCCGGACUACAAAUACAGACCCAGGAAGAAAGCGGUCAAGCCCAUCUCGAAAGCCACGCUUUCGCGGCCGAAGAAAAUGUGCAAGAAGUCGUCACCCUCCUCCCUCUCUUCAUCCUCCUCCUCCUCCUCCUCUUCGUCCCUGUCGUCAUCUUCCUCUAGCUCCUCGCUGUCUUUCUCCGGCGCCAGCGCAACGAAAAGACACGAUUCCAACAACAAUAGUGCAGGUUGCGUUUUGAAAGACGUAGGCAGCGGUCUGCUCAUUCGUAGGAACGGUAUCAUCCAGACAUCGACUCUAAGCCCUGUGAAUCAUAGCAAACUGAAAGUCAGGCUGACGAUAGACAGGAAGCUGAAGGAGAACGUUCAAAUCCAUCAUGCUAAGGUGCCAUCCAGCCCUUCGUGCGACACCCCCGACUCGCCAGAGAGCGCCACGUUCUACGACGACAACUCUCUGCUGAGCGAGCCGACCCCUACCCCACCGCGUCGAAUCAAAGUGCUCACCCCGACGCAAAGAAUAGCGCCCGUCAAAUCGGAGCAGAGUACUCUUUGUUUUAGCCCACUAGUCCCUAGUUACGCGAGUUCCAUCGUCAAAUCGGAGCCGAACGAGGAUAACGAAUUAGUCAUCAAGCAAGAACCCCUAGAACCUAUGGAAUGCGAGUCCGAGACGGCGGCCAUAGGGAAAGCGGGCGAAAACCCUAGUCUAGCCGACUUAGACUCUCUCACAGAUCUCUUACAAAUACCGUCUGACUUUAGGAUAGAUUUAGAUUCUCUAACGACAGAUCUUGACUCUUUCGACACCGCUAGUUCAAGCUCUGGAUCCCACUUCGAAUUCACGUGCGCACCCGAUAUGAACGACAUGCUGUCCGCCAUCGGUGUGAACAACGAUUGGGUCGACACUAAUCUCGCCUACAUCAUCGAUUGCUGAAUCGUCUAUCUCCUCCGUCUUCUCGGUCUUCUCACCAGUGCUAGUGUUAUUUUUUCAAUUCUUUCAAUCUCUCUCAUUUCCUCCUCUCGAAAUUCACAGCGGUUUUUUGUUUUGUUGAAAGUGAAUUUUCUCAAAUUUUAUCCAUCCCCAAGUGCGUACGAUGAACAUUUAUAAAUAAUUUUAUGGACCUAUUUUUAUAAAUUUUUCUACCAUUUCUUUUCAAAUUUAUAAUCAUAAUAAUUAUUAUAAUUAUAAGAAAAUAUUAUUAUGGUUAUGAUAAAUAUUAUUAUUAUCGCUACUACUAUUUUUUUAUCAUUAUUGCUAGGUUCUACUUCAUUGCGUCUCUCGAUCUAUGUGAAAAGCUCACUUAAACAGUGCACUCCUGCAGGAAAAAGGCGGUUAAUUCAAAUGUUUCCUCAUGAUUUCCUCUUUCAUUUCUACAUUUGGCGAGAGCUACCCUAAAGUCACUCAACAUGAAUCAACGGUGUACAAUUAGCCCUUUGCGAACUGAGCGCAGGUAUUUUUUGACCCAUCCCAUUGCUCUCUCAAUUUAAAUUAAACUCGCCCUUCCCCCCUCCCCCUCUCCUCCCCUGCGUUUAUCGAUUAGGCUCAAGCAUGGCAUUUUGCAUCUGUUAGCAAGAUGUUGAUCUCACGGAUUAGUGUACCAGCUAAAAAGCCCAACUUAAAACGGUUUAUAUUUGAUUAUCACGCAUGUGGUACUCUUAUAAUAGCUACACAAGAAACAUCCCUAGGAUUUGCUCCGCGAAGUAUAUCUAUACUAUUUUAUUACAGUCAUAUAUUGAUGUGAAUUGUAGUUUUUCUCUCGUAAGUCUUUCUUAAUUUCGUAGGCUUCUCUCACUAUGUUCGCAGCUUUACAUUCAGCUGUAACAUGAGAAAUAGUUGCUAAAAAGAAUGAAUGAAUUAAAUAAGCAGUAUCAACAAUUACGGAGACAGUGAUUUUAUAUUGAAACCCGUCUAGAUUUGUGAAGACUGUAGAAUACACCUGAGUUUUGCUCUCCCAAAUUUUGAAUUGUUGGUUCCCUGAUUCAACAAACCCUCUGUUACGACGAGAGCAAUUGCUCGCUGUAUCUCAAAAUUUCCAAAAUUAGAAGGCUCAAAAAUCAGGGCCGUAAAUUUAUCCAGUGCGUUGUAACGACUUCCUUAUUUAAUCAUUCAUUUAUUCGAUUUUUUUCUCUUUUUUUAAUUUCCGAAUCUCAUCCUUUUGUGUGAAUUUAACCGAGAUUUUGUUUUCUAUACGCUUAUAUCGAUUAAUGUAACGAUUGUAAAUUUGUAUCUAUUUAUUUUUGUGCUAAAUGAAAAUAUGCUUACAUCGCCAUAGAUUGUGCGUAUUUUUACGAUACUUGUUCAUGUUGAUAUUUGUUUGUGUAUGUGUAUACGUAUUGACAUACUUGCACUUACAAUACUUUGUAGUUACGUCUGCGUAUACGCGUGUGCGUGUGCAGCAGUAUUUUACUUUCUGUCACUUUCUGUUACAAAAAAUCCUUGCAAAAAGAUCCCCAUUCUUUCUCCAUUUUUUCAUGCCGUAAAUGGCCAUUGAACAAGGAAAGAGCAAGACGUCCCCUAAACAUGUCUUACUCUUGACGUAUCCACCCUGCUGGAAGUCAGCUGUACUUUUACUUACGCCCUUUUGAGAAACGAAUUGAAAGAAACCCGGUCAAGUGUUGUCACGUACUAUCGCCAGCUGAAAGAGCAGACCACUUUCCUCAUUAAAGAAGAAAGUAGCCUUAAGUACCUUUGUUUAAAUUCAGUGCUUUUCGUUGGUCUCAUGCUCUUAUUUGAACCAUGUUGUUCAAUUUAAACCUCCAUACCCUCUCCUGAUGAAGUAGAUUCCGAGAAUUUAGAAAUUGGAGAAUUUAGCAUCCCUAAGUGGCAGCUUUUUUUGCAAUUUAUCACCCACCCUUUUUGUGUCCAUCUUUUCUCUCUAUUUUUAAUGCAGUAGUUGUGGCAAGAUGGUCCGAUUUUUCUUAACCAAACUGUCAAUCAGUGAAUUGGACGUAGCGACCAGUGAUUCCAUAGCGUUGAAUGUGUUAUAGUUAGUAGAGAAGGGAAACUAUGUUGAACGCCUUUGAACCUUAUUUUGGUAGAAGUGUCUGUAAGAAAGAUAUAUAUCACUCUCCACAAAGCCUCUUUGAAAAUUGCCUUUGUUCUCUCCUCGUAGUCAUGUAAAGGUUUUGUUUGAAGAACGUGCCAAUUUAUCAGCCAGUAAACUUUAAGAUAAACUCACUAUUUUACGUAUAGAGUGAGUAAGCUUCUUUCAUUUUCCGACGACUACUUAUUAAUUUUAAAUUGUUGGCAAUUGUUGAGAUGUACACGUUAAUAAUUUUUAUCUUCUUCUACCGUUUUUUGCAAGUUUGUAGUUUGUACAUUCUGUACUUUUUCGUUCGUUGGCAUUAUUGAACCAUGGACUCUUCGAACAUUGUUUAACUUUCAUUCUAUCGAUCGUUUUCAGUUUGUUCUCCCUUCCAUGUCGAAUUCUGUUUGAUGUUUAUUUUGUUUUUGAAGAAAAGCAAGUUGUUUAUUUAUUGUCAUGAAAUACAUAGUUUAGAGAUUGUUGAACAUUGACUGUAUUGUUUUGCUUGUAUAAAUUAUUGUUGAACACAGACUGUUUUCUUUAAAAAAAAUGAGCGAAUAGUAUGGAAUCAACUAAACCCGAAGAGUAGAAAAGUUCAUAGCUUUAAAGCGACCGCCUUGCUUUGAAACUUUACUAGUGUGCCCGUCAAUGUACAAUCUUAAGUUCUCAUUGAAGCGUACUGGAAAGCUAACAGCAGUGUUUGACGUGAAGUGCAAUUAAAGAUGAAAGUUGUACACCUAGCUGUGUAACACAGAAGAGGAGAAAUAACUUUAUAAGUGCAAUUUCUGUCGUUUGAAUAAUUUUUUUAUUUUUUAUUUUUCUCCUCUCCUCUGUUAGCCUCUCGUUCUCUCUGUGAAAUUCGAAGCUAAUCUUUUCCAUCAUCAGAUUAGCUUUUCCGAACUUAAAGUUGACGAUCGUAACCACCCAUACUUACCUUGUAUCAAAAGCAAAUGUUCUAUUAAUAUGCCUAGUUUUCCUAGUGUUCGAAUGAUCAUUCUCCCUACAGUUUUUUUAUCUGACUUUUGUAUUCCUCUCUUUUUCCUCUUUUUUUAAUCGAUCAAAACCAAACUAGAUCUGAAAAGCAAUUUUUUCAUUUUUCAAUUUUCUGUUGUAUCGCUUUUCUCGAGCCGAUCGCAAUGUACCUCCUCCCUUUCCCCAUCCGCCAUUUUCUGAUCAGGUGACUAAAAAUUUAUGAUGUAGGUAGGCAUCAAUCCUUUUAAACUUAUGCGCUCCAUAGUUAAAACCCAUCUCUACGGUUUGUUCAUUUUCCCCCUAACAAUAAUGCACUACUGCUGGCCACAAUUCUCUUUUCCUCUGAAUUUUCUUGUUCAGACUCCGAUGUACAAGCUUUUGUGCGUCCCCUUGAUCCUUUUGGAGCAGAAACAUGUGGUCAGAAAUACGCGUGCACGCGCACACCCAAACAUUUUUAAACAUGCAUAUUUGCUCUGUUCAUUGAGGUACCUCUCUCUUUUCUUUCAACGAGAGAUUACUCAUGAAUGUACCAAAUUACAAGAAAAAGUAAAGGAUUAAAACUUAAUCAGGCUGUGAUACUUUUUGAACCCUUAUGUUAUUUUUCAUUUAUUAUUUUGAUAUUUGGAAGCAUUUUAAGUACUAAUUACCUGCAUUAUACAUAUUUAGCCCGUAAGUAACCUCAUAAAUUUGUAUUAAUUGAAGUGUAUGGUCUGGAGGGAAGUGCUACUAAGACUUACUUAUAUUCUCUCAGAUCCAUAUUCGUGAAAGCAUUCGCUGAUUUUUCCGCACUAUCCUCUCUGAAGUUUUUUUCCUACAAUCAACUGGACUCAAUGGGAACAGGGGGUGGGGAAAAUAAAGUAGUUUUUCAUCAAUAAUCUCUGGAAUAACUCAGACAAUUUUGGUGUUUAAUUUACCAGUAUAAUGCAAUCGACAAUGAACAACAGGUUCGUUGCUUGAAGCUUACCAAGCAGUGACAUUCGCUACAUGUAGCUCCCAUCUUGAUGAAGGAAAGAGUGUAUCGCUCAAAAAGAAUGAUUCCUAUUCAUUCGUUUUGUCACGCCAUUUUAACCGAGCAGUUGUAGAGAUGUAGAAAGAGAGAGAAAGAGAGAGAGAUUGCGAGUUCUUAUCAGUUAAAUAAUUUUUUGACCCUCAGAACAUCAAUGGUCUCAAAUCAUAAACAUUAUAUUAGUAUUUUCUUUUUCUCCAUUUUUAAUGUAGUAAUUAUGCUUUACGUGUAGUGUCCGAAUGGUGGUUGUAUUAAAUUUACACCUAUGCCAGAAUUUCAUUUUCUUUCCUCAUUUUUUACUUACUGAGAAUAUAUUUUUCGUUCUUUAACCCGUGUAUAGGACAGUAGAAAUUCAUCAAGUCUUUAUCAGUGCUUCCUUUCGACUGUAUCAUUUUAUUUUUUUAAUUGGUUGUUUUUCCUCAGCCAUUUUUUGUAAGUUUCUUUCUUCGUUCGAAAUCGUAUCUCCUGACUCAGCUAUAAUACAGUGUCAUACCGAAUUCAUGCUGCAUUUGUAUGCCUUAGUGAUACCCGUAUCCUUCUUAUAAGUGGAUUUCAUUUCAUGAAUGUCUUGGAAUUUCUAUGCAGAAAUGUGUGUGUUUACUUAAAUAUCUUGUAAUUCUGUACUGAUCUCCGAAACUCUCUCUGUAUAGACAUUUUUGUUUCGACGAAGUCAGGUCUUUUCUAAUUGCAUCUUUGGAAUGUGUCGAAUUUCUAUCUUCAUCUAUUUACAUACAAUUUCAAAACUAAAAAUCUCAGUUCGCUCGCCUCCUAGAAAGAUCUUUCCAGUAUUUUCCUCGUUUCUGUAAAAAAUGGAACUUAAUUUUCUCACCCUAAUUUUGAAACUGUCUUCGGGUUAAUUUUUUACCUUAACUACUGUACAAACCGUUACCCGCGCGGUCAAGGGCGAAUCUAGCAGCAAGAAAAGUCCUCCAUUCAAUUUAAAUUGAAAAUACUCCCAUUAAUGUCUGCCGUUUCGUGAGCGCACUGGUCGUCUCAUAUGUGACUUUUCUUUAGGUCUUGACUUUCAACUUCAAAGGAAAGAACUUUUCAGAGUCUAUAAAUUCGUUUACUUACCUAAUCUUCAAUCUUGUCAUAAUAUUAAGAUAUUUGUAUAAUGUAGUCAUUAAACAUUUUAUUAAUGUAACUUUAUGUUGAUCUAAAUUUAGUGUAGAUAUUAUUUUUACCAUAUUUGAAUUAAAUAAUAUUAUUUUUCCAUGUUGAAA